UCACGUGACCAGAAACGAAUUUGGCGAAUAUGGUCUAGUGUAGCGUCGAGGCUAAUGGCGAUAAGUGAGCGGGAGAAACUGGUGGAGUCUUGGUACGCCUUGUUUCGAAAAGGAACGGAUUUCGAUUCAUGGGGCCAGCUAGUUGAAGCUGUUGAUGAAUACGCACUAUUGACAAGAAAAAUCAAGACAGAGCUACAGUUUGAAGAACAUGGUUUCAGCGAUCAGAACUAUAAUACACUUGGUAACGUCGUCAGCUGUUUGCAGGCACGACAGAAGGCGGUUCAAAAUCAAUUGGGAGACGAUGGCAUGACUCUGGAACAGCUGAAAACUGUUGGUACAGUGCUACAGAAUUUGUUAACAAGUCGUGACUCAGAGUUUCCAAUAAAAGCAAACGAGUUAAGUCAACUAAAUGAUGGGAAACAAUCUAGUGAUGUGGCAGCUGGUAAUAAUGCUGGAUCUGAGUCACCACACUUUCAAGAGAGAAAGAAAUUGAGACCACGAAUGCCACUUGCUGAUGAUAUGACUUUGCUUACAAUACGAAUAGAGAGAAUAGGACUGAAGGAUGCAUCUCAAUGUAUUGAACCGUACAUUUCUGUGUCAGUGAAAGAUGGUCAGGCGAUGAACUUGACUCCAAGUCAAGACACACUUUUGCCAGUAGCAAGAGAAGACCAGUACAUAAUUUUUAACGCAAAUGUAGAAAUACAACAGUAUCUAGAAAAGAUGCCAAAAACUACAGCCGUGUUUUUUGAACUCAAACAUUACAAGCCAAAGAAAAGGCAAACCAGUACCAAGUGUUUUGCUUUUAUGGAGAUGGAUGAGAUCAAACCAGGACCAGCAUGCUUAGAAAUCUACAGAAAACCAACCGAUUUUAAGAGAAAACGGCUCGGUCUUCUCACAACUAAGCCUCUGUAUCUUUACUUAAAUCUCAAUCUUCAUCGAACUUAAAACAAAAUUAGUGGCGCAAGGUAUGUGUAUCAGUUCAACAGUCUUAUUAGGUUAUUAACAACUCAUUUAGAGAAGCUGAUAUACAGGAAUGUAAAUCUGUGCCAUAAUCUGCUUGGCUGUAGGCACUUUUGUACUCUCUAUAACUUGUGUGUACAAUGUAUAAGCAUGACUGUAAUCUUUAUCCGUGAUGAAGUGUGUAGCAGCAGAAAUGAUCGGCCCUUUGUGUAAUAUUUAG